UCGCAGCUUAGAGCUAAGGCAAGCUACACUGUAAAUUAUUUUCACAAAGAUGAUCUACUAUAUGCUGCAGAGUAUCUCAACAGCCAUACUAACUUUAAUUAGCGCAGUAUGGUCUGUGGAAGAGACAUUAAUUAGUUUUAUGAUGUCGAGCUUUUUAUACACCAUGCGCUUUGCUUGCCACCCGUUGAUGGUGCUGCCUAUGCUUCUAUGCACCUACUACGUAAUUUAUAAGAAUUGGCGUCCGCGUGUGCCAGGAGAAGCAAAUAUAACGCGCACACCACGCGUACAAUCCUAUCGCAGUCUGGGCAGCAUAUCUUCACGCAGCAAUGACAGCCAUGACUUGGAGACCUUUGGCUCUGAGGAGGAGCACAGCAAACGCAAUUAAGAACACUUCAUAAUUUUUAUAAAUUUAUGGUUUAUUCGCAUAUAAUACUACACAGCUGAACUUAACUUAUGCUUAGCUAAGAUUAAAA